UACGAACGCCUUAUGGAUCUAACAGGCAUCAGUGAUUUAGAUCCCAUCACUUGCUUUAAUCCCAAGGGUGGCUCGGUGCCUCCCGAGUGGAUCGCUGUGUAUGAUGGUGACUACGACGACGUGCUCUCCGACGAAGAACUUCUGGCCUUUCAAAUUCAGACAGUUUACGAGCUCACUGUGUGCUCGGAUGAAGAAGACUCCUUUGAAGAGCGUCCUAGUCAAGAACAGAUGGACUACAUCACCAACUUGGUCGGGCAUGGACCGCAGUGGUGGAUGGGUUGUAGGAGAGUAUAUUGAGUGCGAGUGGCGAAGACUUAGAACGAGAUGCCUUUUGUAUGUAAAUUGUAUGCAGUACUACUUGUAUAUAACCCAGGCAUCAUGCAUCAAGCACGCGAC